UUAUUCAACGACAAACUUGGAUAAAUUUGCAAGACAAGUUGGUCGACGUUGUAUAUAAUGAUGACAACAUAUAUCCAUUUUAAUAACAUUUGGCAGCGUGAUUGGCUUUUGAGCUUUGAACGUGGCGCAACAUAUUUCGUUUCAGUAAAUGUACAGUUAUGGUAAAGUGGACCGGCAGUCAUGACGAUCAAAGCUUACGAAGACUCGUUAAUGCAAUAUUCUGACUACAUUGCACACAAACAAAUACUAUUAGUUGUAUCACCUAUUCUUCUCGUUAUCGGUACUCUUGGAAAUGUUUUCUCCUUUUUCAUUUUGAUGAACAAUGCCAAGAAAGCUUCUACAUACAGUUACCUCAGUGUCUUAGCGUUGAUGGAUUUAAUAGUGUUAUAUAUUGGCUUGUUUCGACAUUGGCUUGGAUUGUUUGUCUUAGAUAUUGAGGACAUGAACAACGUAUUGUGCAAAAUUGUGAAAUUCCUAGGUUAUUUUAGCAGUGAUACGUCAGUGUGGCUGAUAGUUGCCGUUACUAUAGAAAGAACAAUCGUUGUCAUGGUUCCCCUCAAAGCGCCAAGAUUCUGCAAUGCUCGGAAUGCCCGCAUAACCAUAGCAACUAUCAUUACAUUCUUCUUCUUAGUCAAUUUUCAUUUUCUGUGGUCAGUAAAACUACAAGAAUUGUCAUACAAUGAUACCAUCAUUUCAAAAUGUCAGGCAAAGCCUCAGUACUCAUAUUUGGUAGAAAAUAUUUGGCCUUGGGUUGAUGCCGGGAUAUACUCGUUUGUGCCUUUUUCAGUUAUCAUUAUUCUGAAUGGUUUUAUCAUUCAAAAUGUUAUAUCUGCAAAGAAAGCAAGGGAUAUUUUAAGGCAGCAUUCGUCGUUUUCAUCUACUGGACCAAAGCAAAGAUCUCAAGGGGAAAUGAAUAAGAAAAUAACGUUCAUGUUAUUGGCUGUUUCUAUUGCAUUCCUCGUCACCACACUUCCUAUGGUCAUAGUGUUAAUCUAUACAUCAUUCGCCGAAGACGCUGGCGACGACUAUUCACUUACAAAGCGCAUGCUCAUUGAAACAAUUGCUGAAAUGCUGAUGUAUACAAAUCAUAGUAUAAACUUCUUUUUAUAUUGUGCGACAGGAAAGAAAUUUAGAAACCAGUUUAAAUCGUUGAUUUGCUGUUGUAGUAAAAAGAACUUCCAAAGACAAUCGACAGUAAAUUUUACUGAAAGUUAUCGACUAUGCAAAGUAAAUGAAACGGAUAUGAAUCGCAUUCAUGUGCAAAAAGAGGACGAUGGAGUGCAAUUAUAGAGUUAAUUAAAGUGAUAUUUUUACCAAAAUAUAUUCACUUGCAUAUCGACAAGAUAUAGUGUGCAUACAUUGUUAACAUUGGAAAAGAAUAUAAUCAUUCUGAACUGUUCUCUUUUUAUUAUUGACAGGAAUGUUCUUAAAAGAAAACACAGUAAAGAUGUAAUUGACUAUCAUCACGACACACUUUGCAAAGCAGGCAGUACAUUGUACAGAUGUG